AUAGCAACAAACCAUAAAAAGAAAAGUAGUGCAACUUUAAACAUACCUCCAGGACCAUGGAAACUACCCAUUAUAGGAAACAUAAUACCCCAUCUUGUUACAUCCACACCACAUAGAAAACUAAGAGAUUUGGCCAUCAAAUAUGGACCACUGAUGCACCUUCAACUUGGUGAAAUCUCUGCCAUUGUUGUUUCCUCUCCAGAGUAUGCAAAGUUGGUAAUGAAAACACAUGAUGUUAUCUUUGCUUCCAGGCCUAAAUUUCUAUUCUCAGAGAUUGUGACAUAUAAUUGCACAGAUAUAGCUUUCUCACCAUAUGGAAAUUAUUGGAAGCUACUAAGGAAAGUUUCCACAUUAGAGCUUUUCAGUCCAAAGCGUGUGAAUUCUUUCAAAUCAAUAAGAGAAGAAGAGUUCAAUAGUCUUGUCAAAAGGAUUAUGAUCGAGUCGAAAACACAGAGCAUGAUCAACCUCACUGAAGAAGUGAUUUCAACAACAUAUGCAAUCGUUUCAAAGGCUGCGUUUGGAUCAAGAUGCAAAGAUCAAGAGGAGUUCAUAGCAGUUUCAAAAGAAGUAGCAAUGAUUGGGGCGGGUUUUGACAUAGGAGAGUUGUUUCCUUCUUCCAAAUGGAUUCAACUUGUGAGUGGUUUGAGACCUAAGCUUGAGAGGCUGCGAACAAAAAGUGAUAGGAUAUUGAGAAACAUCAUCAAUGACCACAAAGAUGUUGAAAAAGUCCAAGGUGGUGAUCAUGAUUCAAAUGAAAAUCUUGUAGAUGUUCUACUAAAAUUUCUGGAUGAUGCUAAUGGUAUCAAUCAAGAUAUUUGCUUCACUGAGGACAACAUCAAGGCUAUAAUCCUGACCAUUUUUACUGCUGGAGGGGAGACAACAGCAACAACCAUAGAUUGGGUAAUGUCAGAGAUGAUGAAGAAUCCAAGAGUAAUGCAAAAGGCACAAGCUGAGGUUAGGGAUAUAUUCAACAAAAGUGGAAGGGUUGACGAGACUUGUAUCCAUGAACUCAAGUAUUUGAACUCAGUUGUGAAAGAAACACUAAGGUUACACCCUCCACUUCCCCUCUUACUUCCAAGAGAAUGUGGAAAACAAGAAUGUGAGAUCAAUGGAUAUCACAUACCCUACAAAAGUAAGGUGAUAGUGAAUGUUUGGGCUAUUGGAAGAGAUCCAAACUACUGGACCGAACCUGAAAAGUUUUAUCCGGAGAGAUUCAUGGAAAAUAAUUCUUCUAUUGAUUAUAAAGGAAAUAAUUUUGAGUACCUCCCAUUUGGAGGUGGAAGAAGAAUAUGUCCUGCAAGCAUGUUUGGUAUAAUGAAUGUUGAGUUGACACUUGCAUUUUUGUUGUAUCACUUUGAUUGGAAGCUUCCCAAUGAAAUGAAAUUUGAUGAUGUGGACAUGACUGAACAAGUUGGAAUUACUGCAAAAAGAAAACAAGACCUCAACCUGAUUCCCGUUGUUUCUUGUUUUGAUAGUGGGGCGAAAUAUAUAUAA